ACUAUGGCGGAGACAGACCAAGACCUUGUGUUUGAAGAAUGGCUAAAGUGUUUCUCAGGAAGAUCUCAAGAGACUAUCUCCUUCCCAGAUGAGCUGGCUGCAAGAGCAGAUGUAGAGGAGACAGCUGGAGAAUUCCAGGGGUUCUCUUCGGAAAAAGUCAAGAAUGAAGAUGCCGAAGGACACUUUGGAGAUGGAGAUGGACCACAGAGGCAGGAGGGAAGCCAAGCAGCAGGGGAUGAUGAGAGGAAUGAGGAGGAUGAGGAACUGCAUCCUCUAUCGCCAGAUGAAAGCAAGAAUGAAGACUUGAGAGGAAACUUCAGAAAGCAAGUUGGAUCUAAGAGGCAGAAAAGAAGCCACAUCAUCCAGAAGAGGGGUAAACCCAUUCCUUGCCAAGGGGGAGAUUUCCAAGAAGGAAUUCACACAGUGAAGGAAACAUACAAGGGCUUGGACUGCGGAAUUAACUUUUCAGAUCUAUCCCAAUAUAAUGUCCAUUUACAGAUGCACAGUGGAAAGAAGACCCAUCACUGGCUGGAGCGUGGAAAGACCAUGAUUCGGGAUAAGCCUUUUGAAUGCUCAGAAUGUGGGAAGAGAUUCAGUUACAGUGGCCACCUUCAAACCCAUCUAAGAACCCACACAGGGGAGAAACCUUUUCAAUGCUCAGAGUGUGGGAAGAGAUUCAUUCGCAGUGGCCAUUUUCAAAAUCAUCUAAAAACUCACAAAGCGGAGAAGACUUUUGAAUGCUCAGAGUGUGGGAAGAGAUUCAAUCGCAGUGGCCAUCUCCAAGAACAUCUAAGAACCCACACAGGGGAGAAGCCUUUUGAAUGCUCAGAGUGUGGGAAGAGAUUGAGUCACAGUGGCGCUCUUCAAGAGCAUCUAAGAACCCACACAGGGGAGAAGCCUUUUGAAUGUUCAGAGUGUGGGAAGAGAUUCAGUCGCAGUGGCACUCUUCAAAAUCAUCUAAGAACCCAUACAGGGGAGAAGCCCUUUGAAUGCUCAGAGUGUGGGAAGCGAUUCAGUCGUAGUGACACUCUUCAAGAGCAUCUAAGAACCCACACAGGGGAGAAGCCUUUCGAAUGCUCAGAGUGUGGGAAGAGAUUCAGUCGCAGUGGCCAUCUCCUAGAACAUCUAAGAACCCAUACAGGGGAGAAGCCUUUUGAAUGUUCAGAGUGUGGGAAGAGAUUCAGUCGCAGUGGCCAUCUCCUAGAACAUCUAAGAACCCAUACAGGGGAGAAGCCUUUUGAAUGUUCAGAGUGUGGGAAGAGAUUCAGUCGCAGUGGCCAUCUCCUAGAACAUCUAAGAACCCAUACAGGGGAGAAGCCUUUUGAAUGCUCAGAGUGUGGGAAGAGAUUCGGUCACAGUGGCGCUCUUCAAGAACAUCUAAGAACCCACACACGGGAGAAGCGUUUUGAAUGCUUAGAGUGUGGGAAGAGAUUCAGUCGCAGUGGCCAUCUCCUAGAACAUCUUAGAACCCAUACAGGGGAGAAGCCUUUUGAAUGCUCAGAGUGUGGGAAGAGAUUCAGUCACAGUGGCACUCUUCAAGAACAUCUAAGAACCCACACAGGG